AUGUUGCACUCUGCCUUCAAGCUAUCAAGAGCAGCGACGGCCACCGUGGCUCUAGCAGCCCGGUUGGGACUAACCUCCUUCAAACCAUCUUCAUCACCGCCGUUUAGAUUGAUCCAUGAUAGAAUCAUCAACGGUCCAAACGCAAACCCAGUUGCUCUUCAAAUGAUUGACUACGCCCUCUCUCUUGCCAAAUCCCAAAGAUCAGAUGAAUCGCAUGCACAAGCUAUGUUGGUCUUAGAGCAGUGCCUCUUUUCUCAAUCAAGUGAAAACCAAGAUGUUGUUACCCAUAAUUCAAAGGGAUUGGUCCUGCUUGCCAUGUCUAGCUUAUUAUUUGCAAGAGGAAAUUAUGAUGAUGCAAGUGAAAAACUGCAAAAUGUUCAAGAUUUAACACACUCUCACUUGGAUGUUAGAGGUGGGUAA